CCUGAGAGAGAAAGCUUACACAGAUCCAAGGAAGCUGCAGAGUCCCCCCCGCCCCACCUCCUCCCACCUCACCCACUUUCCCUCCUCCCUCCCUUCCUCUCUUACCCAUCCUCUCAUUCUCAUGCUCAACUCUGUGCUGAGCGGUAUCGGAGCGGCGUUAUCGGAUCGCCUCUCAACAAGCCGCUGAGGAGAAACUUCAAGACGUUGAUCCAUACAGCUUCCCUUUCCUCCUGCCCGAAGAUGCCCGAGCUCGGACAGAGAUGGACGGGGCUGAUAUGCCUGUUGUUCUUGUGUCUGUUUCUCUGCCUGCCGGGGGAAUCAAAUGCCAGGAGAGCCCCAAAGAUCCCCAAAUGUCCUGCGACCUGCUCCUGCACCAAAGACAGUGCCUUCUGUGUGGACACCAAGGCCAUCCCCAAGAGCUUCCCACCCGGAAUCAUUUCUCUGACGAUGGUCAACGCGGCCUUCACUACAAUCCCGGAGGGAGCUUUCUCGCACCUUCAUCUACUGCAGUUCCUGCUCUUGAACUCCAACACAUUCACCAUGAUUGCUGAUGAUGCCUUUGCUGGCCUUUCUCACCUGCAGUACCUGUUCAUUGAGAAUAACGACAUCCAGGCCCUGUCAAAGUACACCCUCAGAGGACUCAAGUCCCUGACUCAUCUAUCUCUCUCAAACAACAACCUGCAGCAGCUGCCAAGAGAUCUCUUCAAGCAUCUCGACAUUCUCACCGAUUUAGACCUGCGGGGGAACAAUUUCCGCUGCGACUGUAAAAUCAAAUGGCUUGUCGACUGGAUGGAGAAGACCAACACUUCUGUUCCUGCUAUCUACUGUGCCAGUCCUUUUGAAUUCCAGGGACGGCGAAUCCACGACCUCACGCCGCGGGACUUCAACUGCAUCAGCGCAGAUUUUGCGGUUUACGAAACCUUCCCCUUCCACUCUGUGUCUGUGGAGGCGUAUGAGUUCAAUGAGGAUCAGUUUGUGGCCUUUGCUCAGCCAGAUUCAGGGUUCUGCACCUUGUAUGUAUGGGAUCAUGUGGAGAUGAUCUUCAGGAUGUUUCAUAACAUUACUUCUCGCUCCGCUGUGUACUGCAAACCAGUGGUGAUAGACAACAGUCUCUACAUGGUUGUUGCUCAACUCUUUGGCGGCUCUCACAUCUACAAGUGGGAGGAGGACCCGCAGCGCUUUGUGAAGAUCCAAGACAUUGACACCACUCGCGUGAGGAAGCCCAACUUCGUGGAGACCUUCCAGCUGGAUGAAGAGUGGUACUUUGUCGUAGCGGACAGCUCCAAGGCAGGUUCCACCAGCAUUUAUCGCUGGAACAGCAACGGUUUCUAUACCCACCAAUCCCUUCAUCCGUGGCACCGCGACACGCACGUGGAGUUCCUCGACGUUGGGGGAAAGCCUCACCUCAUCCUCUCCAGCGCUUCUCAGGCGCCGGUGGUUUACCAGUGGAACCGAGGACAGAAGCAGUUCGCUUUCUUCUCCCAGAUCACAGAGCUCGCAGAUGUGCAGAUGGUUAAGCACUUUUGGGUGAGGAAAGUUCUUUACCUCUGCCUCACGCGCUUCAUAGGUGACUCGAAGGUCCUCCGCUGGGAAGGGCAGCGCUUCAUAGAGAUCCAGACUCUUCCCUCUCGGGGCUCAAUGGCAGUGUAUCCUUUCACGGUGGGCCUCCGCCAGUACCUGAUUCUCGGAAGCGAUUUCUCCUUCUCCAGGGUCUACCUGUGGGACGACCUCACUCAGCGCUUUCAGCCCUUCCAGGAGCUCAACAUGAGGGCCCCGCGAGCGUUCAGCUUGGUGUCCGUAGACAACAAGGACAUAAUGCUGGCUGCUAGCUUCAAAGGAAACACGCUGGCCUACCAGCACCUGCUGCUGGAUCUAAGUGCCAUAUAGAGAUGCUCCAGCCAGAGCAAAGGGAGGUAAAUCUAAGCAUUUAACAACUACGUGCCAAAUAAAGGAAAGACUGCAAAAUGUUAAAGCCAUGUAACUUAAGUUCUGAUGUGUCACUUGAUGUUUUAGUGCGAGUCAACUGAUUAGGUGAUUAAUCUAUUUUGAUGCGCCAUCCCUUAACAUCUGAAUGAAAUAAUGUGAUAACAUGCAAUAUCAGUAACAUGCCAACAUAAGGAUUGUGUCACUGCCGCAUAUUUGCUCGUGUUCUGCGAAACAUUAAUCAAGGCAAAUUAUUUUUCAAAGAAUAUUAUAUUGUAUGCUGCAUUUUACUAAUGUGUGAAAAUGAUAUGCAUGUACAUCAAGAGAUUCAUUCACAAGACGACACUGAAUAUUGUAAAUUACCGUAAAACAAUGAUGGUUUUGUAAUUUACACAGUGUAGUGCAUCUGUGUAGCAUUUUGCAUGACACGGUACAAUAUAUAUGAUAGAAGUAUGUGAAACAAGCAAUACCAUUGCAACAUUUUAAAUCCUUGAUUAUAUCAACAUUUAUAUACCAGCUAUUGAUUUUUUGGGGAUUUAAUGUUUGUCUGCAAUAAAACAUAUGAUCAGAGGCAUGAGCAAACUAAUCAUGGGACUCCUGCUACUGCUCUUUAGAAUGUAUUCUUUAACAAGCUUUUAUCCAAAAUGACCACUUAACAAUGGUGCGAUUAUUGGGCAUGUGGUAAAUGAGAGAACAUUUUGGGACACUAUUGCAAAUUUGACGAUUAUAAAAAAUAAACAAUUUGAGAAAUGUUUGAGAAUGUAUAUUAAAGUUGUAAAAAAGUU